GGCUUUUCCUCUGCAUGGGUAUAAAUAAGCAGCCCAGUUAGUCCAUUGAAGAUUAUAUUACACCCAUUCAAUAGUGCCUCAGAACUCUAUAGUUACUUCAACUUUAUCUAUAUAUAUAUAUAUAUAUAUAUAGAGAGAGAGAGAGAGAGAGAAAUGAUAGGGUGGGAAGAUGUUUACAAGGUGGUAGUGGCGAUGGUGCCUCUCUAUUUUGCACUGAUUCUCGGAUAUGGGUCGGUGAAGUGGUGGCGCAUCUUUAACGCCGACCAGUGCGACGUCAUAAACCGCUUCUUGUGCUACUUCACACUCCCUCUCUUCAGCUUCGAGUUCACCGCCCACGUCGACCCGUUCAAGAUGAACUACUUGUUCAUCAGCGCUGACGCCAUCUCCAAGUUCGUUAUCGUGGCCGUGGUUGCCUUCUGGGCCAAGUUCAGCAGCAAGGGAAGCUAUUGCUGGUCUAUAACAAGCUUCUCUUUGUCCACUUUAACCAAUUCUCUGGUGGUAGGUGUGCCCUUGAUGAAAGCCAUGUAUGGGCAAAUAGGGGUAGAUCUAGUGGUGCAGUCUUCUAUUGUGCAGGCCAUUAUUUGGUUUACCUUUCUCUUGUUCGUGCUGGAAUUUCGUCGGUCGGGCACCGACGUAUCUCCCAAAACAACCAUUGGAGACCGGGUUUCUUCGCCGAAUGAACCAGUGAAGGAUUUGGAGGGGAACGGGGAGGUUGUCGUGAUCCAUGCGAGGCCGUCCUUCUGGCAUUUGAUGAGGGUUGUGUGGCUGAAACUUGCCAUGAAUCCAAACUCUUAUGCUUGUAUAGUGGGCAUAAUCUGGGCUUUGAUAGCAAACAGAUGGAGUUUUCAAAUGCCAAGUAUCAUGGAGGGAUCAGUGUUGAUCAUGUCAAGAGCUGGAACAGGGACUGCAAUGUUUAAUAUGGGACUCUUCAUGGCUUCGCAAGAAAAGAUUAUUGCUUGUGGCACAAGCCUGACUGUGUUUGGGAUGGUUCUAAGGUUUAUUGCUGGACCUGCAGCAAUGGCUAUAGGGUCCGUUGCUGUGGGACUACAUGGCGAUGUCUUGCGUGUUGCUAUUAUCCAGGCAGCUCUACCACAAUCCAUCACAUCCUUCAUUUUUGCCCAUGAAUAUGAACUGCAUGCAGAUGUGCUCAGUACUGCGGUGAUAUUUGGCACAAUUGUGUCACUUCCGGUGUUAAUUGCAUAUUAUGCAAUUUUAGAAUUUUUAAAUUGAUCCAUUUCUUGUCUAUCGAUGUCGUUUCUUGGUUUCCAUGUGUAACCUCCAAUAUUUUAAUUAAUCCAUAGUUUAAUUUCAUCUUA